AUGCCGGCCUCAGAUCUGGAAAUGGGGGCCACGACCCCGCGGUCGACACUGUCUGAAGAAGAAAAGGGCCGCGCGUCCCACAUCGAGAGCGACGUCUUUGACGAGAAACGAGGCCCCACGGUGUACAAUCCCAACAUUGACGUUUCCGCCGUUGACGAGCGCAAGUUGAUGAGAAAACUCGACUGGCAUCUGGUCCCGUGGCUGUCGUUCCUGUACUUGCUGAGCUUCUUGGACCGGACGAGCAUCGGAAACGCCAAGCUUUAUGGAAUGGAGACAGACCUGCACAUUAGCGAUCAGCAAUAUUUGAUUGCCCUUACUCUCUUCUUCUUCCCUUACGCUAUCUUUGAGGUCCCCUCGAACAUAUUCCUAAAACGGCUACGACCUUCAAUAUGGCUAUCAUUCCUCAUGACGGCGUGGGGUAUCAUGAUGGUGCGCAUUGUUUUCGUCUUACAAGGCCCUCUCCACUUGACGGAAAUUCCAUUUCCAAAGACUAUCCAAGGGCUCGUCCACAAUUACGGAGGCUUGCUAGGAGCGCGAUGGAUGUUGGGCACCUUUGAAGCUGGGCUGUAUCCCGGCGUGAACUACUAUCUCUCGUGUUGGUACAAGCGCUCCGAGUUCGGACUUCGUGCGGCAAUCUUCUUCUCCGCAGCGACAGUUUCUGGUGCCUUCGGUGGCCUUCUCGCUGCGGCGAUUUCCAACAUGGGUGGCGUUGGUGGCAAACCUGCAUGGGCAUGGAUCUUCAUUAUCGAGGGACUUGUGACCGUCGUAGCCGGCGUGAUGUCGAUCUGGAUCAUCCAGGAUUUCCCAGACACCGCCAAAUUCCUCACAGAAGCCGAGCGGACCGUGGUGAUUCGCCGUCUCCAAGCUGAUGACCAAUUCAGUGCGGCUGGAGAGGCGUUGAAGCUCCGGUACAUCUGGAAGAGUUUGUUCGACUGGAAAACGUGGCUGUCGAUGCUGGUGUACAUGGGUUCGGAUGGGCCGCUCUAUGCAUUCGCACUGUUUCUUCCUACCAUCAUCAACCAGCUCGGCUAUACUGCAACUCCCGCAAAUCUUCUCACUGUCCCCGUUUACGUCUGCGCAUGUAUUGUGACUUGCGGCGUGGGAUUCGUCGCUGACAAGUAUGGCGGGAGAGGAUAUCUCAACAUCGGCUGUCUGAUCGUGGGCGGGGCGGGUUACAUUAUCUUGAUCGUCUCGAGAAACCCUGCCUUGUCAUACUUUGCAGUGUAUCUAGCGGCUUGUGGAAUCUACCCGAGUAUUCCGAACAUCGUUGCGUGGGCAUCCAACAACGUGGAAGGCUCCUAUAAGCGGAGCGUGUCCCUUGCGAUGGUCAUCGGCUUCGGAAACAUUAAUGGCGCUGUAUCAUCGAACGUGUAUCGCUCAGAAGACGCGCCGUGGUACCGGAUGGGUCACGGAAUCGUCCUCGCGUACAUCGGAAUAGGCCUCAUCUGUUCGGUAUCGUAUAUUGUCCUCUUGAAAAGGGAGAAUGCGAAGCGCGACAGAGGGGAACGAGACGAGAUCAUACAGGGCGUGAAUGAUGAUCAAGUUCACUUGAGCAAGAACGGCACGUUCGCAAGCGUGGCGGAAGCCAAACGAGAGAAGGGAGAUGAAUGGAGCGGAUAUCGAUACCGAAUCUAG